GCUGUGAGAUCAUGGGAACCUCCAACCACGCCGAGUUCGCAGCUGAGGCGUGCAACUGUGCGAGCCCAGACACCGGGAACAUGGAGGUCCUGGCGCGCUUCGGCACCGAGGAGCAGAAGAAGCAGUGGCUUGAGCCGCUGCUGGAUGCAAAGAUCCGGUCUUGCUAUGCUAUGACAGAGCCAGCAGUGGCCAGCAGCGAUGCCACGAACAUCAGGACCAUGAUCAUGCGUGACGGCGACCACUGGGUGAUCAAUGGCAGGAAGCACUGGAUCACUGGGGCCGGGAACGUCGACUGCAAGAUCAUGAUUCUUAUGGGCAGGACUGGGACGGCAGAGUCAGCCACCUACCGGUCUCAGUCGCAGAUCCUGGUGCCCAUGGCCGGAGACUCAGAACCCGAAGCCUCGACAGCCUUCUCUGGGCGCAUCGAGUCGAAGGAAGAAGAUGUGGGCUUCCUAGAAGCAGCGCUGACACAUGCACCCGGCAUGCCUCUGGUGCUCGACGUUGGCUCCGGAUCCGACUGCCAAGCCGCACGUUGGCUGCAAGGGCGGAGGGCUUCCUUCCUGUGCUGCGUCGACAUCAGCCCAGAGUCCCUAAAACUGGCGAGGGCCCGAGCCAAGUUGGACCUCUUGAGGGCCGAUUUCGGGCAGCUUGGAGCCAUCUUUCGGCCCGAUGUCUUCGACCUGGUGUCGUGCUUCUACUCCUUGCAGCAUGCAUCUGCGCCCUUUGCCGUUGCCCAGGAGAUGGUUUCGGUUACGGCGCCCGGCUGCCCCAUAGCCGUGGCUGCCUUGGCAGACGCGGCGCCGGGUCCCGGAUCUGGAAUUCCGCGCCCAAGGCUCCCGGAGCCCCUCAGGCAGUGCUACAAGAGCUUCUUGCCACCUUCAAAGCUAAGUGAAAGCUUUCAAAGCUGCGGCUGCCACUUGGAAGCGUCGUGGGUGCGCAGCCACGUCUACCAAGACGCCAACGAGUUUCCCUGCUGUCGUGAGUACACGUUGGUGACAGCCAGGAAGCCGGACAAAAAGCGCAGGCUUGAUCGCAUUUCCUGA